UUGCAGAACUUCAACUCGUCGAAAAAAUGGUGAAUUUCCGUUGACAUUUUUGUGGGGGAUUAUUGCGAAAUUUUGAAAAAUUGCAAUUUCCUGGGCCAAAAAAUAAAUGGAUCCGAGGAUUGAUAACUCCAAGUGGAAGCCUCGUCGUACCCGUGGAACUCCAUCCUACAGAUAUCGUCACUAUUUUGCUCUAAGUGUUCUUGCCGUGGCCGUUUCCACCGGCUUGUACGGAAUUCUCAGUCCUCGCUUCACAAAAUACUAUCACAUCAUUGAACCAAAGUUCAGGAAUACCCAGGAAGAAAUUGACAGGAAAAAUCUCAUGGGUUUCCUGCCGCAAAAAUCAAAGGAGGAAAUUGAAGAUUUUAUGGAGCAGCAGAAGAAGAUUCUUUCUGAAAAAUAAUUCUAGGGAUAAUGGAGAAGAAGCGUGACAAGUUCGCCAAGUUGCGCUCCAAAAAAUGUAGCAAAAUGUAAGAAAAGACUAAAUAUAAACUUGUUGAUUUUGUAA